AUGGAGGAGCCUUCGAGGAAGAAGCUGAAAACAGCAGCGAACCCUCCCAAGCCCUCAACUGGCCCUCGAAUCACCGAUCCUCGAUUCGCCAAUAUCCAGUCCGACCCACGAUACCGCCUUCCGGGGAAGAAGAACAAGGUCAAACUCGACAAGCGGUUCGCUCGAGUUCUCGAAGAUGAGGACUUUGUCAAGCGAGCCAAAGUCGACCGCUAUGGCCGCCCACUCGAAUCCAACGCGGAGAGGAAGCGGUUGAAGCGGAAAUACGACUUCGAUGAGGAGGAAGGCGAGGAAGAACAAAGUGAUGUCCCAGACGACGACGAUGAAGUGCAACAAGAAUUGAAUCGAAUAGAGAGAAAGACCCGGGAUCCUUUACGCGAAGGAAGAGAUACAGACUCUGAAUCUUCGUCAGAUGAGACCACAAGCGACGAAGAGUCCGAGGAAGAAGAUGGAGCCCUGGAGGAGGAAGUUGGCGUUGGUCCAACGCAGCAGACAGACGUCCCGACGGGCGAAGUCACGUCUCGCAUUGCUGUUGUCAACCUCGAUUGGGACAAUAUACGCGCCGCCGACCUGAUGGCCGUCUUCAGCAGUUUCCUCUCUUCCUCAGACUCCCUGCGAAAGGUCUCCAUCUAUCCCAGCGAAUUUGGUAAAGAACGUCUAGAACGUGAAGAGAUGGAAGGUCCACCCAAAGAGAUCUUUGCGAACCCUGCAAAGGAAGACGCCGAUGGAGACUUGUCCGACGACGAAGAACAAGAAGAUGAGGAUAUCAAAAACUCCAUGCUGAAACCCGACGACGGCACAACCGAUUUCGACUCCACUGCCCUACGCCGCUACCAACUGGAACGUCUACGGUAUUUCUACGCCAUCUUGACAUUCUCUUCGCCCAGUGUGGCAAAACAGAUCUAUGAUGCCGUCGACGGCACUGAAUAUCUGCGCACGGCAAAUUUCUUCGAUCUCCGCUUCGUGCCUGACGACACCGAUUUCUCCACUGAUGUUCCCCGUGAAGAAUGUGAUAGGAUACCCGACGACUACCGACCGAAUGAAUUUGUGACAGAUGCAUUGCAGCAUUCCAAGGUAAAGUUGACAUGGGACGCGGAGGAUGGAGGUCGAAAGGAAGCAGUGGCAAGAGCCUUUAAGGGUGGUAGGAAGGAAAUUGAUGAGAAUGAUCUCAGGGCCUACUUGGCUUCAGAUGACGAAGGGGAUGACGAAGAGGAGAGGAAUGAGGCCGCAGCAACCGGCGGUCCUGUUUCCAAGAAAGAAGCAGAAAGACAGCGUAUGCGCACACUCCUCGGUCUCCCGCCGGAGCCAGAGAAGAAGAAGUCUGCGAAAAAAGACAAAGGACCGGUUGGAGAUAUGCAGAUCACGUUCACAUCUGGCUUGAGCGGUGGAACGAACGAGACGGGGAAAAAGAAAUCAGUGUUCGAGAACUCGCCCGAGCCAGAGGAGACGACGCUAGAGAAAUACGUUCGAAAAGAAAGAGAGAGGAAGCAAAAGCGCAAGGAGAAGAUGAAGAAUGCUCGUGAAGGCCAUGUCCCUGAAACCGAGGGCGACGCCCACGACAAAGACAAGGGCGACGACGAACAAGGAGUCCAAGCUAGAGAGGAGGAGGGAGAGGAUCUGGGUUUCGAAGACCCGUUCUUCACCGAACCAUCAGCCGCGUCAGAGAAAGCUGCCUCCAAGAAACUGCGAAAGGAAGAGCGCUUGAAGAAACAGAAAGAGCGCGAGGCCGAGGAGGAGGCGGAUCGCAAACAGCGGGCGGAACUUGAAUUGUUGAUGGCCGACGACGACGCCGAUGUCGACGCACACGGCCCCGAUGGAACCAAAAAGAAGAGGAUUCGGCACUUUGACAUGCGAGAAAUUCAAAAGGCCGAGAAGGAGGAGCGGAAGAAGAACAAAAAGAAGAAAGUCAAGGCCAAGAAGGGCGAUGUCCAGGACGAAAAUGCCCAAGACGAGUUCAAAGUGGACACGGCAGAUCCCCGAUUUUCGCGAUUGUUCGAAAGCCACGAGUACGCCAUCGACCCGACGAAUCCGAAAUUCAAGGGCACAAAGGCCAUGCGUGCGCUGUUGGAGGAAGGACGGCGGAGGAAGCACAGAGGAGACAACGAGAGAUCAGGGAGAGGGGGAGAUGCUGAUCACGAUGCUCGGAGCAAACUCUCCACGGGCACCGAUGGGGAGAAGAAGAAAGCUGGUGAUGGUGAUGUCAAGAGGCUGGUCGAGAAGAUUAAACGUCGCCAGCAUGGCUGA